GAAACCAGCGCAGGGAGCCAGUAGUGAGACACCAAGGUUAGUGAUUAACCUUCACUCUCUCUGUGCUGCUGUGUUCUCCUCCUCACCGAGGCAUGCUGCCGACGUUCAGCCGCCACAUCCUACCAUCAUGGGCGAGUGCAACCACGGGACACCCGAACGAGCUUUAACCGGAGUGGACAAGGUGACAGUGGUGUUUCACAAAGUUGUCAGCCAUGACAAACACACACAAGAAUUAGGAGAAGACGACGAGCCGUCAGAGGAGACUGUACAUCUGCGGAGUAACUGUCUAAACCACGAGGAUGCUGAGAACCGACAGGACGAGGAGAGAAGCAGCGAAGGUUCACUGGAAGGCAGCGAGCAGGAAACGCUGUGUCCGGCAUUCUGCGUCAGAGGCGAGUGGCUGACGUCUUCCCGAGAACGGGGCGCACGAGGAGACAAACCAAAGAGAUGCCCAGGUCUGGGUUUGUUCUAUGCCAUCCUGGCCACUGUUUUCUUCUCCAUCAUUCAUUUUUUGGUGAAAACCAUCCAGGACAUCCACGCCAUUGAGAUCAGUGCAAUACGCUGCUUCUUCCAGAUGCUCUUUGUUGUGCCGUUACUCAUCCACCACAAAACCGGUUUCCUCGGUCCCAGAGAUAAACGUAUUUAUCUGGUGCUUCGAGGGUUUUUCGGCUCCAACGCCAUGAUCCUGCUGUACUACGCAGUUCAGCAGAUGUCACUGGCAGAUGCCACCGUCAUCAUGUUCAGCAAUCCGGUCUUUACCUCCCUGCUGGCUUGGAUCUUCCUGAAGGAGAAAUGUACAAUCUGGGACUGUGUUUUCACUGUCUUCACCAUCACCGGCGUCAUCCUCAUCGCCCGCCCGCCGUUCCUCUUCGGGGAGCAUCCCGCUGGCAUCGAGGGCAACUACGCCAAUCACGUCAAGGGGGCCAUUGCCGCCUUUGCAGGAGCGGUCGCAGCAUCUUUUACAUUUGUCAUCCUUCGUAAGAUGGGGAAGAGCGUCCACUACUACCUCUCCGUGUGGUACUACGCAGUCGUCGGCUUCAUCGAAUCCGUCAUCACCGUAUCCAUCCUUGGCGAGUGGAAGAUCCCAAACUGCGGUCGUGAUCGCUGGAUAAUGAUGCUGAUCGCCAUUCUAGGCAUCGUUGGCCAGACCUUCCUCACCAAGGCGCUGCAGAUAGAGAAAGCCGGACCUGUAGCCCUGGUGAGGACAGUGGAUGUGGUGCUGGCCUUCUUCUUCCAGUUCAUCUUCUUUAAUCAGGCACUGACAUGGUGGAGCCUCGGAGGGGCGCUGUGUGUAGUGGUGAGCACCAGUGGAGUAGCAGUUAGGAAAUGGUAUACCAACUCUCGAAAACCUUGAAAGAAGAAUGCAACAGUUUUCUUAACAUACAUUUGUGUUUUCUUUUGCAUUUUAAUCAUUAGGUGCAAUGUAGUGAGAAGGUUGAGCCUCAUAGAAGAGUUGAAAACUGAAUUAUAUACAUCACAUUUAUGAUGAGCUUUAAUGUACUUUUAUUUUGAAAUACAGUGACUUCUAUAAAAUGAUAUUCUUAGGAAGUCAGGCAAUGUCAUUUAGUAUAUGCACUUUUUUGUUUAGAAUUAACUGAAAAAUGCUCUCCCUAAAAACAUAAAGGGUCUACAUUGAAUCUGAAUUGAACUUCGAUGAAGUACCAAGGAGAAACCGGUACUAAACCUUUGCACUAGUGGAUUAGCCCAGUUAAGCACUGACUGAUGUCCUGGAAAAAAGGACAUUUGUUGCAAUAACAUAGCAGUUGCAUCAGUCAUAGCAAGUAAUUUAACAGCUGCUAAUCAAAUCCCAAUGCUGGCUCAUUCUGUAUAAAUCUCAGGGAUUAUUAAUCCAUUGAUAUUGCACAAGUUAAAGCUACCCCUAAGUGACUCAAAGGCUGUUUUGAAAUAUUCAUUAACUACAUCAAACUUACUAUAUAGUGCACUACAUCAGAGAUAUUUUUAGUUUUUAAAUUUUAGGACUACUGAAAUGCAGCAAUUGAAAUGGUGAAAUUUGACAUAAAUGCAUUAUUUUGCAGAUUUUGAGGAAUAAAUGUCAUCUGUGUGUCAAACUGGCCUAAAACAUUAUUACACAUAUCUAGGUUUACAUAUUGCUCCAUUUAUCUAAUCACACAGGACUUCAUUUAUACCUAAAUCGCUAUCUUCAAUAUGCUAGAAUCAUACUUGCCACUAAGAUAAAUGAUUUUAGAAUCUUAGUUGGUGUUCAGGUGAUUUAACACAAACACACUGAAUUAAAACAGUUAAACUGCAACUUUACAUCUUCACCAGUUUCCAGAAUAUUCCAUUUACAUUUUGUACUUUGGAACAAGAGUCAGCAAUCUCGGGACCUGCACUAAAUCUUGCUGGGUAUUUUUGUAUCAAAUAACUAAUGAUAAACAUUUUAUGGAAACAAGCAAUUGAAAAUAUUGCAGCAAGGUGAGAACUACUUGAAUCAAUGCCCGGAGAAAUAAAUGAAAUGUUGUGUUUUAGUUUUUUUAUUUAAAUUUUUUUUUAUCAGAAAAGUGUCCCAUUUAUUUACAUGGAAGGGGCGGGACUUAAAACAUAUACCCAGCCAGUAGGGGGCCUUAUAUUUGUUCUGCGUAGUGUUAUUUUAUCAUAAUUCAGUGCUACUAAACACUAGCCUUAUUAUUCCCUGUGAUUUCAGAUUGCAGUGCAUUAUGGUCUAUUUUGGCAUGUGCAAAUUGAAUACAUUACUUACAUUGAACAUCUGGAUUAGUCCUUAGCUAGGACUCUAAAAUAAUGGGUGAAAAUAUAAAGUUAAAUUUUCAACCCAAAAAGGGGCUUCCUCACCAGAUAGGAACUCAGCCACAGUUUGUUUUACUUUUGAAACUCUGGUUGCUAUUUUUUCCCAAUAUUUUAAAACAUCUGUAUAGUGCCUUAAAGGUUAGGUUUUACUCUUCAGCUUUCAACCAGCAAUGUUUCCAAUGCAGCCUCUAUGUGAUUGUUCUUCUAAACAUGUAUAGAAACUUAUUUACCUUUAAAGCCCUUUUGAUCAACAAGUCAUAUUUUAUGAUGGUUGUACCUAAAAGGUAAUUAUUUACACAUAGGUGAAGGAAUGACAUUUUUUAGUUCUAAACUGUUUGUUUUUCUGGUAAAUUAAAGCUGCCUUAGCGAAUCUGCAAACAAGCUAGGUUUUUAAUGCAAAUGCAGUCAUGGAACACUCACCCCUCCACUUGGGUAUCUUCCCUGAAUCCGCGUCCAUUGGAAGCAGACACCCACAUUGCCAGAGAAAACGAGAUGGCGCUUAACACCAGUUGCCGUUUUCUAGGUCAUGACAUCUUUUUUUGUCAUUGAUUUCUAAUGGUGUUUUUCUUUUUGGGACUUUUUGGUAGUUUGUCCUAAAGUUGAAGUGGUAGCAGCCGGCUGUUUCUCCUCUGAAAUUAUCGAGUGGAGAACCACUUACAGCAGUGGUAUUCUGUCUAAAUACGUGAGUGUGUUAUGAUUGGAGAACCCAAAGAUAUGUGGCGGUUCAGCGAGACAACAAAACCAGAUGGUCCAAUAGCUGGUUUUGGGCUGAGCCAUGUUAUUGGCAGAGGGUUUUAGAGAAAUGCGAGAGAACCACAUUUUAAAUUUUUUUUAUCUCCACAAUAUCUUUUUAGCUAUACUGUGUUAGAACAUUGUUAAGAGGCAUGAAAAUAAUGUUUUAAAGACAUACUAUGCAACUUUUUCAUAUUUUAAAGUAAUUUUCUGGAGCCAGAAUGUGCUAAAAUGACUCGUUACACCGCCCCUGUGGCCAGAAUAUUGUACUUGCAACUUUAGAGUGCAGGUCCGGUCCCUGUUGGACAUGCCUGGUGCUGGAGUCUGCCUCCAGCAUGUUUUAGAUCGUGAACACAGCUGAUUCGUUGGCUUUAGUGAUGAACCGCUCCUCUAGAAACUUAUGAAGGCUGAGGAGACAUUUCAGCUGUUAGAUUAAGGUGUUAAAAAGACAAACGAACAGCAAGGAGAUCCAUUUUACUUUGGUUUUUACUAAUGGACACUAGGGGGUGCUAAAAGCAAACCAAAACUGCCUAGUGUCCCUUUAAGCUAAUUUGUUAUCCAAAUUUGCCAUCGCAACUUUAAAACCACAAACCUUAGAAACCUGAUGCUGAAUGAUGCGGUUCUAAAUUCUCCAAAUCUUUAAAUGUCUGCUUUUUUCACACUCUUUUCUCUUGCUUGAUGUUUUGACAUUUGUCUCAACUCAGACGUACAUCAUAAUGAUCUGAACACUGCAUUUGCUCAUUACUCCUCAGAAUAAUCACAGGUCUUUCUUGACUUGUAAAUUUUCCUUUAUAGUUCUUCUCUAAGAAGUAAAAUGAAGAUAAUAUUUGUCCUUGGACAUUUAAAUAAACAACCCAUCUCUUUCUAUGCAGGUGGAAAAUACUAAACCUGAGUUAAUUUGAUUUGAUGUAACUGGCUGUGUUCUUGUUUUAAACUGAAAAUAUUUUAGGAAAAACACAACGUACCAUGUAUCAAGCAUACACAUUUUAACUUUUAUGAAAGUGAUGUAAUUAGCUGACAUCUCUGAUUGUAAACCCAAAAAAGCAUUUUGUACUGAGCAUUAAUACAUUUUUGUAUUUACAUCUAUAGAUUGUUUUAAUUCAAUUCAGAUAUAUUCUAUUUAUAACAUUAGAAAUUAAUAAAAUCAUUUAGAAUAAA